AUGGAGGCAGAUUCAGCCGGCCUGAAGCAGCACGUACAGGUGCAUUCCAGGAAAGUCCUGAAAGACAAUGAGGAGAGUCUUCGUACGCUGAAGGUGGAGGACAUGGCGGCUUCCAAUGCAGAUGAUGUCGACUUUAUUCUGAACAGGAUCAGCGACAAGCGCGUAUUCAACAAGAGGCUCCAACAGCUGAUAUUUGAUGAUCAUGGGCUUUUGAAGAACUGGCACCAGUUGGACACCCUUCAUCAGAUGCACGAGAUUGGAAACCUUCUGAAGUGGAUUAUGGCUGACGACGGACUAGGCCUUGUUUGGAAAUACUGGGUGAGUUAG